AUGCCGCCGCCAUCGCUUUUACAGCUUUGCACCUCGACUGCCAUUAGGAACGUUAAAUAUUUGAACGACAUUGGCAAUGUUCCCUAUUCGCUUGCUCGUCCGUUCCUUCUCAAAAUCGAGAGCCCCGAGAAACUCAGAUCUCUAGAAUUGCUUUCGCCGCAUAUCAUGGAAGAGGAUGCCGAACUCUGGCUUGAUUUCAUUAAAAGGGAUAUACCAAGAUGGGACGAAUACGAUCUGCCUGAACAGCCCGAUUGCUGGUACGAUGUAUACUGCGAUCUCCAGCAACGUGUCCAAAAAGCAGUUGAGGAGGAUGCAGAGAAACUCAAGAUGGCUCUCGAUGGCAUCAACUCCGAGCGUGCCAAACAUAGCGCUAAGUUCGUCACUGACCGGCGGAUUAUUCCGCUGCCUCGAGAACGGCCAACCACGAAGCAACGGUAUGCUUCGUUUGACAGGAAGAUGGGAGGUCUUACGCCAAGAUUUGCUUCUCCAAGGGGCGGGAUGGGUUCGUCUGAUCCGCUGGGCGCACCUGUCUGGUCGUAUGAGCGACCACAGCUUCCUCGGCCGGAGAAGAAGAAGAGCAACAUCUUCAACCUGACGAAGAGAAACCCUGUCCUGGCCGUACCAACCAAGCAACUAAACAACAGAGCCAGUCGGGUUAAACAGGCUCCUCUUUCUCUGAUUGAGGAGCACCGACGACCGCCCGAGCCUGUUGUUCCUCGGCGCAACGGCCCUCCAACUUUAGUAGCACCCGGGCGAUCGAGGCUGCAGAGCACUCGGCCCUCUGAAGGGCCUGGCCAUUUUGUUGUCAGCCCGUCAUUGCGCGAAAGAGAAGCGAGGCUCCGAGCGUUGACUUCGGGGAAGCAGUCGGGCUCGUCGACCCCGAAGUCUUCUGGAAACUCGCUGGCUCCGGCUCCGGCUCCCGUGCCGUACCGGUCAUCAGCAAUGACCGCAAGCAAAAGCUUGCAGGAUCCUUUCUCCUCAUCCUCGACUCAAGGAUCGUCUGAUUCUCCCCCGGCGGGCCGGUUACAGGGUACGAAUGAGACGGCCACUGCUGAGAGCGCCAAAUCAUCUCUGCUGGAGGCGAUUCCCGACCCCGACAACUCAGGGGCCCCUCCCGCUCAACCGCCGCGCGCAGUCAUGCGGAAGAGACCAGCACCGAGUCUGUUCAUCCAGCCAAAGAAGAAAAAGGUCAAUUGA